GGCACAACAAAGCGGUUAAUGGCGGAUGAGCAAGUCCUGCUUCAAAGUGAACAUUACAUCUUUACGGCCUGCAAAUGGGAAGCUCAGACAGUAAGCUGAACUUUAGAAAGGCCGUGGUACAACUGACUUCUAAGAGAUCUGCUGUGGAAGCCAAUGAUGAUCCUUUCUGGGAUCAAUUCUGGUCUGAGUCAGCUGCUACUAUCAGUGAUGUUUUCACAUUAAUCCCUGCUUCAGAAAUACGGAACUUACGAGACGAAAAUCCCACCAACCUUGCAACACUCUGCUGCAAGUGUGUUGAUAAGCUGCAUAGAGCAACAUUAUCAGGAUGUCCAUCUCCACAGGAACAAUUACAAGUGUUAAACUGUGUUCGCCUGCUUACAAGGUUUAUACCAUACAUAUUUGAAGACCCUGACUGGAGAGGGUUUUUCUGGUCUACUAUUCCUUCCCAGGUGAAUGCAGAGGAAGCUGGUAUGGGUAAUGGUGGAGAUCUGGGAGCAGAAUCCCAAACACCUCUUGCUCAAACACUGUUAGAUGCACUUGCUGACCUUUGUUUCUGCCCAGAAUUUACUGUUCAUCCAAACAAGAAAACUGGCCCAGAACAACAUGAAGACUUGUCUUCAAUAGACAGUUGUGAAUACAUCUGGGAAGCAGGAGUUGGAUUUGCAACUUCACCACCAUCUAACCCUCAGUAUGAGUGUAACCGUGGAGAACUUCUGAAGUUACUACUAACUUGCUUCUCAGAGGCAAUGUACCUACCYCCUACACCUGAAAACCACAGCCGUCCCAACAAAUGGUUGUGUUACUUUGCUUCUUCAGACAAUAGGCAUGCCCUUCCUCUUUUCACCUCAAUUCUUAACACGGUGUGCUCAUAUGACCCUGUUGGCUAUGGUGUCCCGUAUAACCAUAUGAUGUUUACUGACUUCAAGGAGCCUCUAGUAGAGGUUGCAGCCCAGUUACUUGUUGUUUUGCUAGACCAUGAUAAUGGUAAUCAACAUGAUGAACCUGAGUUGCCUGACCUUCCACUUGAGGGGCAGCCAAUCGAUAAUCUGUUUUGUAAUUAUCUGUCAAGAAUACACAGAGAAGAAGAUUUUCACUUCAUUCUUCAUGGUUUGGCUAAUUUGCUCAAUAAUCCUCUGAUCCAGACUUAUUUACCUAAUUCAUGUAAGAAGAUCAGCUUUCAUCAAGAAAUGUUGAUUCUGUUUUGGAAAAUGUGUGACCAGAACAAGAAAUUUUUGUUCUAUGUCCUUAAAAGUAGUGAUGUGUUGGACAUACUAGUACCUAUCUUGUACCAUCUUAAUGAUGCAAGAUCAGACCAAUCUYGUCUUGGUCUUAUGCAUAUUGGUGUUUUUAUCCUUUUACUUCUGAGUGGAGAAAGAAAUUUCGGUGUGAGAUUAAACAAGCCAUACUCUGUGCGAGUACCCAUGGACAUCCCUGUGUUUACUGGUACACAUGCUGAUUUCCUAGUUAUUGUUUUCCACAAGAUCAUUACCACUGGACAUCAAAGAUUACAGCCCCUGUUUGAUUGCUUACUUACCAUUAUUGUCAAUGUCUCUCCUUAUCUCAAGUCAUUAUCCAUGGUGGCAGCUAAUAAACUUCUUCACUUACUUGAGGCAUUCUCUACUCCUUGGUUCCUGUUUGCCAACCCUACCAACCAUCAUUUGGUGUUCUUUUUACUAGAGAUCUUUAACAAUAUCAUACAGUACCAGUUUGAUGGCAACUCCCAUCUUGUAUAUGCAAUUAUACGAAAACGUAAUAUAUUUCAUCAGCUUGCUAACCUGCCUACUGACCCAGCUACAAUUCAGAAACCAAAGAAAAAGACCAGUGUUCCAAGUACAAGCAGUACUGAACAUCAAAGUGAUGAUUCAGGAGAGCAUCAUACUAAUGGACUUCCAGAGAUGUCUGCUGACAUGUCAGUGACCCAAGUUCGGCAUCCUGGUAGUGAAUCAGAGACUAGUGAUGUUGAGGGUCGGUAUAGUGCUGAAUCCAAUGCUAGUGUCAAGAGGAGAGAGAAGAAGGCCAUUGGAAGAUCAGCUUCAGUAACUACAAGUGGAUCAUUCAUAGCUACCCCUGAAUGGGUCCAGUCAUGGAAGCAGAAGUUACCGUUACAGACUAUCAUGAGAAUGCUCCAAGUGCUGGUCCCACAAGUGGAAAAGAUCUGCAUUGAUAAGGGUUUGACAGAUGAGUCAGAAAUCAUCAAGUUCCUUCAGCAUGGCACCCUCGUUGGUCUACUUCCUGUACCACAUCCUAUACUGAUCAGGAAAUACCAGGCCAACAGUGGUACACAAAUGUGGUUCCGUACCUACAUGUGGGGGAUCAUAUACUUAAGGAACAUUGACCCUCCCAUUUGGUAUGACACAGACGUCAAACUAUUUGAAAUACAGCGGGUUUAAAACUCCUAUCAGACACAAGUAAAUUGAAUUUUAGCUUAAAGGUGUAAUUGUCUUUUGGGGUUUAACAAUGAAUUUGCGCCUUCACUGUGGUAUAAGGAAGAUUACUGGGUUGUGUUUUCCCUAUUCCUAUGCUUGGUGAAAUAAGUUAAAGGUUGGGUGAAAUGGUCAUUGUAGAUAAGACAACAUUAAAGAUCGUGGCUAUGUAAAGCCUGACUUACAAGUGCAACACAAACACAAACUUGGAGUUGUACAUUUUUAAUUUAUAGCAGUUGUUCUUCUCACUUUAAGAGUUGCUGUUUAUUUUGAUGUUUGUGUUUAAUGUAAAAAAAGUCUUAAGAAAUAAAGACGGAAUCUGGCUAUUGA